CACAACCACAACCCACUCACCCCAGGUGGACUCUGUACGGCCUCUCCUGUCUAAUCCCCUCGCGCAAUCCACGCAAAAACACACGAAAGGGACCCACCUUUUAGCUGCAAUCAUCGCCGUCCGUAGCUCAUCAAACCUCCCGUCAGAUCGACGGCGGAGAGACCAACCAUCAAUACGCUGGCGCAGGUUUCUAACUUGCGCCGAGUCGCGUCGCUUUAUAAAGAACAGGGAGGCAUUGCUAUCGUCGCCAUUCUUCCUCUGCUUCUGCUUCCCGCCUUUAUCGGCGCGCCGCCAAGAAAGAGGCAGAGUAUAGGAUAUUUGAGACGAUGUCAUCGGCGGCGGCGGCGGCUUCGGCUUGGAUAGAGCCGAGCUUGGACAUGGACAAGCUCAGUUACGAGAUCUUCUCGAUACUGGAGACCAAGUUCCUCUUCGGAUACGACGACCAAAACCCUUUCCCGCCCUCUACUCCCGCCACCCCCCUCGGCUCCGCCCUCCGGCAUUCCUCUGCUGGCAAGGUUUGCAUUCUCUCCAUCGACGCCUCCGACGGAAUCCUGGCCGGCGCCUCCCUCGUCCGCCUCGAGGCAUCCAUUCGUAAACAGACCGGCGACCCCGCCGCCCGUGUCGCCGAUUUCUUCGAUCUCGCCGCCGGAUCUGGGGCUGGCGGAGUCCUUGCCGCCGUGCUUUUUACCCGCGGCCCCGACGGCCGCCCCAUCCUCUCCGCCGCAGAAGCCCUACGCCUUCUCGGCAAGCACCACCGCCGUCUCGCCAACGGCGCCCAGCGGAAGGGUAUCCUCGACGGCAUUCUUUGCCGGGCGGGCGGGGGCCUGUUCCGGCGGGUGUUUGGCGACGCCACGCUGCGGGACACCCUCAAGCCGUUGCUCAUCCCGUGCUACGACCUGGCGACGGGGGCGCCCUUCGUGUUCUCGAGGGCCGACGCUGUGGAGGCGGACGGCUACGAUUUCCUCGUGGAAGAGGUGUGCGCAGCCACGUGCGCGGCCCCUGCUGCCGGCGCGCAGGCGGUCGAGAUGCGUUCCGUGGACGGAAGUACGCGGAUCCGAGCGAUCGGAGGUGGGUUGGCCAUGGGGAACCCCACGGCGGCUGCGAUCACUCACGUGCUCAACAACCGGCAGGAGUUCCCCGCCGCGGCCAGAGUGGAGAACCUACUGGUAGUCUCGCUCGGAGGCGUUGAAGCACCGAUAGCUUCUGGGAAGCCCUCUGCCCCGCUCUCCACCGCGGAGCUCUCAAAGAUCGCCUGCGGCGCCCAGCUCGAUGUGGUGGAUCAAGCGGUGGCAAUGGCAUUCGGGGGCCGACGGAUGACGAACUACGUACGGAUUCAGGGAUACGGCUCAACGGCGAGGGCGCCCUCGGCGGCUGCGGAGUCUUCGCUGACGGAGAGGGGAGUGGAGUCAGUGCUGUUCCGCGGGCGGAGGCUGUCGGAGCGGACGAACGGGGAAAAGCUGGACGCCUUCGCGGCGGAGCUGAUCAAGGAGCACGAACGGCGGAAGCGGAGCACCACCCCGGCGGUCAUCAUCAAGCCCUCCAUGACGCCCUCCCGCUCGUCGUCGUCCACUUUCACCACCAUGGCCUCCACCGUCACGUCGGCGUCAUUCUGAUCGACGGACAGCAUUGCAAGAAAGGGAUCUCGCGGUUCACGAUGACAAUGAUGACCCAUCGUCUGUAUAUUUUCUUCGAACCCACUUAGGCCUUUUCAUUUUUUACAAAGCACCCCUCUGGCCGAGCCUGAGUGAAUUAGCAGCUUCAGAGUAAGGUUUCAAUCGCAAUUCUGUUGUUUGUGAGGGUUUGAUUGUUAAUUGACAUCUGCAGAGGACCAAAUUGGGCGAUGGCAAAAAAAAUAAAUUAAAAAAAAAAAACUAAUUUGAUGUGGGCACGAUCUUUGUUUCUAAAUACGAGCGUUUCUUUAUUGUGC